UAUCUAUGCUCUACUGUCAAAGUGUUGAGUGAUGACGUUUUUUUGAGGCAGUGGUGAAAACAUCGAUUUAUAAAAAAUAGAAAAUUACGGCAAUCACCAAAGGAAGUCUUUGUUUUAAUUAUUGACACUUUCUUUUAAUAAUUGAAAAAUCAAGAUGACAUCAGGACCGUACAAUUAUUCUUAUAUAUUCAAAUAUAUAAUAAUUGGAGAUAUGGGAGUUGGCAAAUCAUGCCUGUUGCAUCAGUUCACAGAGAAAAAAUUUAUGGCUGACUGCCCUCAUACAAUUGGUGUUGAGUUUGGAACCCGGAUAAUUGAAGUUGCGGGGCAAAAAAUCAAAUUACAAAUUUGGGACACAGCUGGACAAGAGAGGUUCAGAGCUGUCACUCGCUCUUAUUACAGAGGUGCUGCUGGGGCACUAAUGGUGUAUGAUAUAACAAGAAGGUCCACUUAUAAUCAUUUGAGCAGCUGGCUAACGGACACACGUAAUUUGACCAACCCGAGCACUGUGAUAUUCCUGAUCGGCAAUAAGUCCGACUUAGACGGCCAGAGAGACGUAACAUAUGAGGAAGCCAAACAAUUUGCUGAUGAAAAUGGCCUGAUGUUUGUAGAAGCAAGUGCUAAAACUGGCCAGAACGUGGAGGAGGCAUUCUUGGAGACCGCCAAAAAGAUAUAUCAGAGUAUUCAAGACGGCAGGCUGGACCUGAACGCCGCGGAGUCGGGCGUGCAGCACAAGCCCGCGUCGCCGGGCCGCCCGCUGGCCGCGCCGCCCGCCGCCAAGGACAACUGCGCCUGCUAACUGGCCACGGGCGGCUGGGUCAGAAACGUUCGGGAAAACCGGCGUCUUUUCUGCGGACAUUACCAAAGUUAACGGUUCGCGUACCUACAUUUUUUCUAAGACAUUCACCAUACAAAUUU